UGAUGUGUCCUCUGCUCUGUAUUGCUUUGGAUUUGAUUUUGAGGAGAGAGAGAGCUUGAGAUUGAUGGGGGAGAAAGCUUUGACCGAAGAGCGUCAGAGAUUUCCGUAUGUUUUUCAUUUGCUUUGCUGUAGUUGCGUUCACAUUAGCAACAUUAAACAACUAACGUGACCGUGUUUCAUUGGAGGGUGUCAAUGGUAGUUUUACACCGGGUCCGGCCCGAAGAGGCUCUCUUCCAAUAGAUGCGAAGUGUAAAACCCUUCCAAUCGCCAGCCCUUUACUUCUACUUCAGUCGCUGGUGUUGAUGACUUCAUAGAGUUCAAGGCGGGGGUUUAACAUCCCAGUCCCAAUUUUCUAACACCACGGCUCUUUCUCUCGGGGCUGGUCGCUUUUUCAGCGUGAGUGAGUAAUAAUUCUUUUUGGGGUUUCUGAAUCUUCACUACCAUGUUUAGAUCACCUACAAUGUCUUUUCUGGUUCGCCGGUUAACUCAGCUUGGAGAGGUACGGGUCCGAUAUUUUAACAGUUCCAAUUACAGCAACAUGUCGUUUCCAUCUCAGAAAUCUCUCCCAGGCCCUACAGCAACUACUGAGACAUCAUUUCAGGAUGAAUGCAACGGCCAACCUAUGCGUCCGGAGAAGAAUGCCGGGGGCGUGCAAGAGCGUCGAAUUGGGGAGAAUGUUUCAAGGAAGGAUAAAGUCAAUUUUCUUGUGAAUACACUUCUUGAUAUCAAGGAUAGUAAGGAAGCUGUUUAUGGUGCGUUAGAUGCAUGGGUUGCAUGGGAGCAAAACUUUCCUAUUGUAUCAAUCAAGAGGGCAUUGCUUGCUCUUGAAAAGGAACAGCAGUGGCAUAGAGUUGUUCAGGUAAUUAAAUGGAUGCUAAGCAAGGGGCAGGGAACUACAAUGGGAACAUACGGGCAACUCAUACGGGCUUUAGAUAUGGACCACAGAGCAGAAGAAGCACACAAGAUUUGGGAGCGGAAAAUUGGGAUGGAUCUACAUUCAGUUCCUUGGCAGUUGUGCAGACAAAUGAUAUCUAUAUACUAUCGAAACAACAUGCUGAAGAGUCUUGUAAAGGUAAGCUUCUUGUCUGCUUUCAGUUUUUUACUUUCUUAGAUGUGAGAAGAGAUGAUAAGUUAUCAUUUUACUUGUAUAAAUUCGACGUUUAUCAAAUGAUUUGGAUUCCAUUUUUCUUGAAUUCCUUCCCCCUCCCUUUUUCCUCUCAACUCCUAUACCUAUAAGAGUCAUAAUUGUUGCACAUGUUGCUGCAUCUACUCUCAAUUUCACUGCCAUUUAAAAAACAACCAACCACCAUAAGCCUAGAUGAAAGCUAUUAUGUGUACUUAGAGAACUUAUUAAGUUGAUUUUCGAGUAGUUUUUAAGUUUCUUCUAUUAAGUAAAAUACUAAGAAUUACCAAUCCAUGUGAUUUGGGGGCGGUGUUACAUGGGUCCGAUGUUUAACCGGGUAAAAGACAUAUCAUGUUUAUUGUUUGCACCUAAGGUUCCUCAUC